CGGAGUGGGGGAGUGGGGGCUUCGGGGGGAGGCGAUGGCGGCGGCCGCCGCGGACGGGGACAGGUGGCGGCCGCGCCGGCCCGGGCCAGCGGGGGUGACCCAUGUACCGGCCGAACCGGGAGAGGAGGAGGACGAGGAGGACGAGGAGGCGGGGGAGGUGGACCGGCUGCGGGCCCAGCUCGGCGCAGCCCUGACGGAGAUGGAGAACAUGAAAGCCGUGGCCGAAGUGAGCGAGAGCACCAAGGCCGAGGCCGUGGCCGCGGUGCAGAGGCAGUGCCGGGAAGAGGUGGCGUCCCUACAGACCAUCCUCAAAGACUCCAUCAGCAGCUACGAGGCUCGGAUCUCGUCUCUGGAGCAAGAGAGGCGGCAAGAGCAGCAGGUCCGGGAGGCCCGAGACCGGGAGCUGAGCCGGCUGAAGCAGCUGCUGACCCGCUCUCACCCCCUGGACUCCUUGGAGAAGCAGAUGGAGAAGGCCCACGAGGACUCUGAGAAGCUGCGAGAGAUCGUGCUGCCCAUGGAGCAGGAGAUCGCCGAGUUGAAGGGGAAGCUGCUGAGGGCCGAGGAACUGAUCCAGGAGAUCCGGAGGGGCGAGGGCUCCCUCCGUCCCCGCCGUCACUCCCUGCAUGGUUCGGCGGAGUCGCUGCCUCUGCCCCGGGACCCGUCGCCCCCGCUGGAGCAGCCGGAGGAUCUGGGCGGGGACGGGGGAGUCGCCGCCGAGGCCUUUGCCCGGAACUGCGGGGACAGCGCCUCGCUCUCCUCCUUCUCCUUCUCGCUCGGGGGGCCCGGCAGCAGCGCCUCCUUGCCCCGGGGCCAGAGGGGGCUCAGCCCAGAGCAGGAAGAGACAGCCUCCCUCGUCUCCACGGGGACCCUGGUGCCCGAGGGCAUAUACCUGCCGCCUUCCGGCUACCAGCUGGUCCCGGACCACCAGUGGGAGCAGCUACAGCUGGAGGGGCGGCAACAGCAGGAGUCCGUGCAGCAGCUUCAGAGUCAACUGGAGAGCGCCGGGCGGGAGCGGGAUGGCCUGCAGGAGGCCCUGAACAGGAGCAACGAGGACUGUGCCCGGCAGGUGCAGGUGCUGCUCGACCAAAUCCAGAACUCAGAGCGUCUCCUGCAGUCCUUGCAGGGCACCGUCAGCCAGGCCCAGGAGAGGGCACAGCAGCAGAUGGCCGAACUGGCCGCCUCCCACAAGCGCCUGUGCUAUGAGGUGAAGCGCCUGAACGAGGAGAACGAGGGCCUGCGGGGAGGACGCCCUACCCUCCUGGGGCCUCAGGGACAGGAGCAGGAGGACCAAGAGCCGCCGCCCAACUCCGUGCCGGAACUGCAGCGGCUGCUGAAGGAGGCACAGCAGGAGCUGCGAGGCAGCCGGCGGGCCCAAGAGCACGAGGCCGAGCGGCUGCGCAUUGAGAUUGUGAACCUUAGGGAGGCGCUGGACGAGCAGACGGCGGCGAGGGCCCGGCUGGAGGGAACCCUGCGGGGCCAGCGGGAGGAGACACAGGUGCUGGAGGCUUCCCUGUGCAGCCUGAGGACGGAGAUGGAGCGCAUCCAGCAGGAGCAGAGGAAGGCGGAGGAGCGGCAGCUAGAAGAGGCCCAGAGGGACCGGCCCCAGCCGCAGCAGACGCCGGCCCUGGACUGGGCCAAAGAGAAGGCCCAGCUGCAGAGCUUCCUCUCAGAGCAAAGGGGAAAGGUGCAAUGGCUGCAGGUAGAACUGGAGACGAGCGAGCAAGUGCAGCGAGAUUUUGUGAGGUUGUCCCAGGCCUUGCAGGUGCGCCUGGAGAGGAUCCGCCAGGCAGAAAGCCUGGAGCAGGUGCGGAGCAUCGUGGAUGAGACGCCCCUCAGGGACAUCAGCGACAUCAAGGAGACCUGAGGACCCCGGAAGACGGGACGACCCACCGUCCUUUCCUCCCCCUUGGCCUCGUGGUGACCUAACCGCGGCCCGGUGCCCACUGCGGCAGCUGGGCUUUAGGGGUGUUAAGGGAACAGGCGCUAAACGGGACCCCGCUCCCUCCCCCUCCUCCCUUCACCCCUCAGGGAGGGCUCUGUCCCCUCCCGCUGGGUCCGACUCAACUCGGGGUGGCCGCUUCCUCGUCCCCACCGCCCCUGCCUUCCCGGGCGUAAUCGGGGCUCUCAGGGAUGACAGCAGGAGGGUUGGGCCACGAUUGCCCCUUCACUGCCUCCAAGUAGCCAAAGGUUCAGGGCCCUGCUGCCCCCACCCCUCACCCACUGCUGACUUCUAGGGACCCGCUCUGCACCUGCGCGCAUACACACACAAAGACCAAACUGACACUAAUCACUCCCAGCCCCCCAGGAUUCUCUUCCCCUCGAGGAUGUCUUGGGCACCCCUGGGUCCCUUAACCUCUGCCUCUCCUCGAGGAGCAGGAAGGCUGAGAGAGAGCAGAGAAGACCCGUGAGAAACGGUUGCAGGGCUCACGUGUGAGACGGGCGCCUGGCACAUCCAAGGGGCCCGGUCCCCCCCGUGCCCCCGAAGGACCCGUCAAUGUCAGGCGGACACGGUUGCGUCGCCCAAGUGGGCGGGGAUCGGACCCCAUUGCUUCUCGCAGCUACAAGAGCCCAGGCUGGCGUGUUCUCUCCUUUAAUUUCAAUAAAUAAGCAGCUCAGACAGUCA